UUGCCUGGACUUGCUCUUACAGGCGUUAGGGGUCCUCAGAUGUUGAAAAUAUUAUUUUCCUUGUUGGCUGCCAACAUUCAACUUCAAAUCAGCAAAAAGCCUAAUCUGGCAAUCCAACCUGGAAAUAUUUCCAGUUGCCAAUAAAAGAAUAAGGGUUUGUUUGUUUUUUUAUUUUUUAUUUUUGCAGCCUUGGCGUUCGAAUUCCGCCGAUCCCAAAAAUGGAUAAAGUUGAUGAGGACAUGUCAGACACUAAAGAUCAUUUUGAUGCCAAAAGACCUGAUCCAUGCCGGGAUAAUGAUGAGGAAAUUGUUGAGUCUGAUAUCGAGUUGGAUGCUACUGAUGUUGUGGAGCCUGAUAAUGAUCCUCCACAGAAGAUGGGAAACCCAUCGGUUGAAGUUACAGAAGAAAUGCAGGAUGCUGCACAAAUAGAAAAAUCAAAAGCUUUAGAUGCCAUCUCUGAAGGUAAGCUGGAUGAAGCCAUAGAUCAUAUAACAGAAGCCAUCAUGUUGAAUCCAACUUCAGCAAUAUUAAAAGCAACCAGAGCCAGUGUCUUUGUCAAAUUGAAUAAACCAAAUGCAGCAAUUCGUGAUGCUAAUGCCGCUUUAGAGAUCAACCCCGACUCUGCAAAAGGAUAUAAAAUAAGAGGAAUGGCGAAGGCCAUGUUAGGUCACUGGGAAGAAGCGGCAAGUGAUCUUAAUGUAGCAUCAAAGUUAGAUUAUGAUGGGGAGAUUGGUUUGGUGCUUAAAAAGGUUGAACCUAAUGUCCGCAAAAUUGAGGAGCAUCGCAGAAAAUACGAACGCUUACAUAAAGAAAGGGAGAUAAAAAGUGCUGAACGUGAGAGAAAGCGGCAAGCCGAAGCUCGAGAACGGGAUGCGUUGUCUGCUCUUAAGGAUGGUGAAGUCAUUGGAAUACACUCUGCCAAAGAACUGGAGACAAAGUUGAAUGCUGCUUCAAGGACAUUGCGGCUUGCAAUCCUCUACUUCACCACAAAAUGGUGUGGUGCUUGCCGUGUCAUAUCUCCUUUGUAUACAAGCUUAGCUGGAAAGUACCCAAAGGCCGUUUUCUUGAAAGUUGACAUAGAUGAGGCAAGAGAUGUUGCUGCAGACUGGAAUAUAGGCAGUGUUCCGGCAUUUUUCUUUGUAAGGAACGGUAAGGAGGUUGAUAAGAUGGUGGGGGCAGACAAAACUGCACUAGAAGGGAAGAUUGCACAACAUGCAGGCUCAACUUGAGCUAAUCCUUCUGCGAUGCUCUUGGCUUUUGUAGUGGUACUUUUUUUAAGUCGUAAGUUGGAAGAGAUGUCCAUCUGAGAAGAUUGUUUCCUUCCUUGAUUUCUUCCUUAACCGGAAAUAAAAUUCUACUUUCUUGCCCGGUUGAAUUCUGUUUUUUAAUCUUUUUUCAUCCUAAUGGUGUCCAUGGGUUAAAUGCCAAUCUGAAAUGAUCAUGCUUUUCCCCUGCUUCUCUGUGUGAAUAUGAUCCAACAUGACAAAAAA